CAUAUAUAUUACAAUUCUUUAUUUUCUCUCUAUUGUAUAUUCGCGCGGUCAAUGACCACGAUCCAAAAAUUUAUUUCAAGGACGAACAGGGUCUAUCUCUUAUGAAAUAUUUUGCAUGUGAGAAAUGUAAAUGAUAAAUAUUAUUCAUGAAACAAUACUAAAUAGGAAAUCAGGAAAUGAUUUACAGGAAUUAUCCAAAAUCUAUUACAAGUUUUUGAAAGGUUCUUUGGUAUUGAAACAAUUCGACAUACAUAUUUAAAAGAAUCUAACCUAAUCUAACUUGCCGAUCCGGGAUAAAGAGAGAGGGAAAAAAUAGGUUACAGUGACAUGUACCCAUAUGUUUGAAAGUGCAACUUUCACGCCGAAAAAUGCACGAAAUGUGCGAUUGAAGAUCGUAUAAUAACACGUCUUGUAUUAUUUUUUGGAUAAAAUUCCCGCUACUCGAAAAUACUCGUCGAUUUCUCCAUGUUUAGGAAAUCUAACCUUGAAACUGUAUACAGAAGAAAAAAGUUUUUUCGCAGAAGAAAUGUUGAAACAUUUAAUUAGAAGAACGAGAUAUUUGAUCAGCAAACAGAUUGUCAGAAAGUAAAACAAAUUAUUCACAAGAGUCUGUGUGAUUUUAAAGCGAUUUUACUCGCGUGUUGAAAUGUUUAUUGUUGUUAACAGUCUGUCAAAAAUUGAUGUGCACAAUGGGGGAAGUAAAUGUGUGUUUUCAAAUUGACACUGACAAUCGUGAGAAUUUCUCAUCCGGCCUUGCAUUUCACGCCUUCAGAAAACAGAGGGAUGCCUUUUACGAUAUAUUGAGAAUUUGGGAAGAAAAUCACUUGGUGCCAGGAUGGGUGUUUCAGAUUGCGUUAGGUGGCAGGAUACGAAGUAUGUUGACGAUGCACAAUGACUCUACCAAUUAUUACCACAUUGCUAGGUUAUUUAAAUCACAACUAUUGAUAUCGUGCAUACAGAAUAAACAUCACGAUGAUGUGGUGGAUGACGAGAGUUUGAAUUUUCUGAAGUCCUUGAAGCAUGUCAAUCCUGAAAAAUUAACUCAACUCAGUAAAAGAUUCAUAACUCCUUUGCCGUCCCAAAGUCAAAUUCUUGGUCCUUCAUUUCCUGGCAUGCAAGAAUUUUUUAAAGAUUUUAUAUUACAUGCAGUUCAUCCAAUAUUUUACACGCAUCUGGAAAAUUGUUUUAUAUACGAGAUAAUAGAAUUAAAUAACACCCAGUUUGCUAAUAGUGAAAUAGAAGACUCAGAAACAAUGGUUGACGAACAAACACAAGAAAAUUUUAUUACUUGUUUAGCUAGCUUGAGGCUUCUUGCAAAAGUAUUAGGACUUUUAGUUUCAUUGCCAUACAGAUCUGAAUCUAAUACUACUAAAGAAAUUAUAGCAACACAAAUAGAGAUAAGAAGCAAGGUUUUACCAUCAUUAAAUUUACAAGCAUGUCUUCAAAAUGCUAUAGUUGAAGGCAAACUUUCGCUGACGAUACCUUGGAUGGUUAAAUAUCUAGCCAUGAUGGAUACAGUGUCGCUUCGGCUGCCGUAUUACAAACAGAUCUUAGAACUAUUAUAUUAUAUUUAUCAUGCUAUCAAUCAGACCAAUCUUUCUGCUUCUGAUAGCUCUAUUUCCCAACAAGCUGCUGUGUUGCUUAAAUCAAGUUUGUGCUGGUUAUUUGAAUUACCAAACUAUCCCAAGGAUUUCCACAUUGCCUGGCAGAAUACUUGCAAAAUUAAAGAAUUGAAGAGUCUCAAACAGGUGGAAAAGUUCUCUGAAAAGAGAAAAAACUCACAUUCCGCGGAUUGUGCGGUUCCCGUUAAAUGCAAUCUCGAUAAAUUAGAUAUAAUUACUGAUCGAACGAUGCGUUCCUGCUGUUCACGAAUAGAGUCGACUCUCUCCGUGUUUCAUGGGAACGGCACGAAUUUGAGUAUCAAUACCAAUAAACAUAUUACACCCGUUACCAGUCAGUUGCGUAAACUAGGAGGCAGUACUCGAGCGAAACACUUAGAAUUGCAAUUGGAGGAAGCUUUUUUCCAUGGUCAACCGGCUUCCACUCGGAAAACUGUCGAUUUCGUUUCUGAAAGAGUUGCAUCUACCUGUGUGAAGUAUAUAUGCAAUACCAUGUUAGCCUCUUCGCGAGAAACAAAUUUAAUUUGCUUCAGAAGACUUUUGGCACAUAAACAUGUCGAAAAAGACUCUGACGAGCGGAGUGAAAUAUCGAUGAGCUACUAUAAUCAAUUUAAGGCUUCGCUCUUGAGUGAUAUAAAUAUGUUAGCGAAUAAAGUAUCGAAAGAUUUGAAAGAUCAAUGCGAGCAAACGAUUCCGCCGAUUUGCGAGACGCGAAUCGCGACAUCAAUAGAAUCUUUACUGGCGGAAGAUUCUCUGACAGCAGUCAAAGAAAUGUGCAUAAAGAUUGCGACCAGAAUGGCGAUGGAACGAAUAAAUCAGUGGAUUCAAUCACAUAUUGUUGGUGGUUCCUUAUUUAUAAAGGAUAUGGAACUUGAGAUUAAUAGAUUUUUCCGGAACAAUAGUCCUAUGCACUCCAAGCAAGAGAAAUGUCACAAUAUAGAUGCUCCUAGUCCCACUGAUGUGAUAGAUGAGCUUCGGGGAUUAAUAUGGCACAUACUGGAUAAUCACGGCGUGGAUUUACCUAUGACAUCUGUAUUGAAUAUUUUAAAGAAACUGUAUCAAGUUUUUGAUCAAAGAGGUGAUCUAUUACCAGGACCACAAAAAGUUUUGUCUUAUCUCAGUACCGACUUCGCGUUAUUUUUAGUUGCCUACAGGACGGAUCUUUUCACGCAAGAAAUCCAGGACAAAUUGAUUAAAAUAUGGUCAUCAAACGGUCUGACAGAUGACGAAACCGAUUCACCCAUGAACAGACUCUUAUGUUCCAGAAAUAUCAUGUUGUUGGCGCAACCGCAAAAUGACACGAUAUGGCCGAUCUUCGGCAAAUUUCUGAGAAAAUUGUUAGAAACAAACAUACUUGACGGAGACAGUUUGAGUGAUCAGUGCGUAGCUUUAUUCAGACAAGAUUGGCCCAUACCAUUGUUGAAACUUUUAUCAAAGUGCCUGAACGAAGCUAUCGAGGGUUAUAAAGCUACCGACGAGGCGACGGAGAAAGUCAAGUACCUUCUUGGCUGGGUAGCGGAGACAUAUCACGAGAUUGAAUUUUGCAACGAUUACAGUUUAUAGACUGACGCAUAGUAGGAAGUUUAUGAUACUGCGAUAAUCGGAAAGUACGACUGUUUAAAUAAUUUUCUGUAAAUAUAAUUACCGCGUCUCUCCUCUAUAUAUAUAUAUGUAUAUUGUCGUAAUUUGUCGAAUUUUUAAGUGAUACGAGGCAUCCUUGUUCUGUAUAUGUUCAAAGAUGCGUACGUACAAUCUGCGGGUGUAUCGACGAAUAUUUUACGAGAAAGAAAAUAAAUUCUAAUUUUUUUGUAUAUGCGACAGUUAUAUUAAAUAUAUAACAAUAUAUUUUAUAGU